CGACGACAUAUAGACGUCUCCGAUUCUAUAAAUUGGACUCAAACUCGUAAAGACGAGCAUAUCAAAUAUAUCACAAAAUUGCAAAGAUAAAACGAGAAGAAAAAUGUCGUCUGAAUGUCCUGGGAAGACCUCAUGGCCGGAGCUUGUGGGAUCAGAUGGAAACGAUGCGGCUUCGGUGAUCGAAAGUCAGAACCCUGGAGUCAAAGCAGUCGUGAUUUUGGAUGGAUCUCCGGUGACUGGAGACUUCCGUUGCGACCGGGUCUGGGUGAGGGUUGAUAAAGAAGUUGAUGGUAUCGUCGUCCAAGUUCCUACCGUCGGUUAGACUUGUGUAUGGACCAUGCUGUUACUAAUAUGAAUAAAAUAAAACUACGUACAAAGAAUGGUUGAUUGUUGGUUGGUCAUGAUGUAAUUUUCUCGUUUCCGUGGACAAUUUCGGGUUUCGUUACCAGAACGGUUACUGAUGUCCAAAGUUAUAAAUAAACGUUUGUAUAACGUAAAGGUUGCAAAUAAAAUGCAUGUCCUAUUUAUAGUAAGAUAGCUAGGGAUCAGCAUUGAUUUUAUAUCUAAUAUCAUUUAUUUGCUUCAUAUGCUAUCAUAUAUAUAUAUAUAUAUAUUGAUGUGCAGUGUUUAAAACAGUUAAUGAAGAACGAAAUAGUGUCUGC